GUGCAAAGCCGUCUCCGAGACAGCUGAGAGGGACAGCUGAGCCUUGGAGUGCACAAUAUUCGAGAAAAAUAUAUUCGUGAGAUAUACUGCUCUGUCUACCAUCUCGCUUCUGGUCCCCCGCCCAUCUGUGAAACCGUACUGAUUCGCUUAGUCGACAUCCGUCAGUGACAAUCAACCGGGACAGCCGCCCGUUGCCGCCAAUACUAGUUCCAGUUGCCCACUCCACACAUCUAUCUCUGCACUUACCGCCUCCUUCACUCGACUGCCUGUUGGCAUGGGCCUCACACUAGAUGUCGACCCCCUCACCCUCGCCCUUGCACCACCGCCGGAUGAGACUGAAGAGCAACGCGAGCAGCGACUUGAAGAAGAAGAACAUGCACGAAGGGUCAGCGAGGAAAUUGAUGAGCAGAUCAGGAAAGAGGGGGCCGCGUUGAGGAAGCAGAAGAAGCCGAUAAAGGUGUUACUGCUGGGACAAAGCGAGAGCGGGAAAUCCACCACUCUGAAGAACUUUCAGCUCGCCUAUGCCGCACAAGCCUGGGCAAAAGAACGCCUCGCAUGGAAGGCUGUCAUCCAACUCAAUCUCAUCCGUCAUGUUGUCAUCAUUCUCGACCUUCUCACCCAAGAGAUGAGUAAAGUCACGAGUGAAGAGAGCAGCAGCGACUCAGACGAACCCUCGCGCCCCUCGAGGCAAGCCACAUCCAGCCCCCCGCUUCGCCUUACAGAGAAGCACCGUCUCCUCAAGCUACGUCUCGCACCCCUACGCAGUGUACGGGAGGACCUACAAGCGCGUUUAGGUGCAUCAGACUGGCCCGCUCCGCGCGCAAGCGGCGAGAAGUCUAAGAUGCAAGACUUUUUCGUUCGCUCAAAUGCAACCUGGAAGUCUUCGCUCCGGUCGAACAGCGCGAAGUGGCCGUCAGACCACAACAGGCGGAAGGGCCAGGACGAGAGCAACGAAACGGGCGAGGUGCUCGCGAGCUGCGCAGAGGAUAUCAAGGCCCUUUGGGCGGAUGAUGUCAUCCAGGAGAUGCUGAAGAGACGAAGGUUGCGGCUGGAUCUGCAGCCUGGCUUCUUCUUGCAUGAACGAGACGUGGACCGCAUCGCCACGCGCGACUAUUCUCCCGCGGACGAAGACGUUGUUCGGUCGCGGCUACGUACGCUUGGCGUCCAGGAACACCGGAUACACUUCGAGACAGGCUCGGCUGCUGGUACAGACUGGUGCCUGUACGACGUCGGUGGGUCGCGCACGCAACGCGCGGCGUGGUUCCCGUACUUCGACGACUGCAGCGCAAUCAUCUUCCUCGCACCAAUCAGCUGUUUCGAUGAGAAGCUCGCCGAGGAUCGGCGCGUGAACCGGCUCGAAGACAGCUACCAGCUGUGGAAGAUGAUCUGUUCGAACAAGCUUCUGAGCAAGGCACAGAUCAUCCUGUUCCUGAACAAAUGCGAUUUGCUGGACAAAAAGCUCAAAAGCGGGGUGCGCGUGCGAGACUGCGUCCCGAGCUAUGGCGACCGCAAGAACGACCUCCAGACUGUCGCGCAGUACUUCGCCCAACACUUCAAGGAGAUCGCCAAGCAGCACGUUGUCACCGCCCGGCCUUUCCGUGUGCAUCUCACGUCUGUCGUCGAUACUCAGGCAACAGCGCUCACACUCGGAAUCGUCGGCGAGAACAUCCUCCGCACACAGCUUCGUGACGCCGAUCUCCUCUAACACGUCUCAAAUCUAUCUAUUUAUUCAUCUAGGUAUAUAUAUAUAUUGGAACGUAACAUAAUUGGUCGGCUUUCGUAUUAUAUUUUGGCCCUAGGCCGGACUGCUAUCUGCGUACCGUAUCUGUUGUGCUUCUUUCGCCCGUGCUCUCCUGUCUAGUCUUCUCAUGUGCAUCGGAGCUUCGUAAUGGAAUGACUUACCGGACGCCCUCGACUCUGAUGGCGUGUCUCUGUAAACGUACAGAGCCAUGAGGUUGCGCCAUCUCGAUUCCUUGCACACACUACAUAGUACAUACACAUCUACCACACUCUCUAUAGUUGU